GGCUCUGAUGUCAACGUGUGGUCUGGUGUGAUGGUGUGGACGGUGUAGACUUUCGAGUGGUGUUGUGCGAUUUUAUUGUAUUUACGCGGUUGUGUCUCAUUACCCUUAGUGUCGUCUGUAUGUGCCGACAAAUACCUUAAUCGUGGAUUAGCUUUGGAGCAGAAAAGUAGGGCUGCUUGCCUGAUUGUACCAGAUUGCUGGCAGCAUGGACGACUCCGAUGCCACUAUCGACUCUGAUGAGUUGGAGUCGUUGCUUUCGAAAAACCGCCGACGAGAUAGCCGAGACACUACUCACUGCGAUGCCCCGCGAAAACGAAAAAAGGUCAGCGAACGGCCAGUGAAGAUACACGAGAUAUCGGACUCCAGUAGCGGUGAUACGGACUGCGAAGACGCGCCAUGUAGUAAGCCCGUCUCGAAGACACCCGUGUCAAUUACACCGCGCAAGCCCGGCACACCCCCCAGCUCGAAAAAACUAGCGACUGACAAGAAAGAAGCUGCGAAACCUAACAGGCGAACGGUCGGUGGAGACGAUAAAAUCGUACGCGAGACCAAAAAGAGUGUGGAAGCGGCCGCUUCGGACAGUCGGCCAGUGUGCAAAUAUGGACCGGACUGCUAUCGCAAGAACCCGGAUCACAUACGGGAAUUUCGUCACGACGUGGCGGAAAAGCCGUCAUGCUACAAAGACUCGUUGCUGAGUCUCUACUACACCAGCGUCACGGGAAUUCCGGCCCGCUACAAUACGGCACAAAUCGCGCGCUCUGUACGGGACCUGCUCUCUCCCGACAUGGGUCGCCUGAUGCGUUCUGCGCAGUUCAAUUACUGCUUCGACAUUCCGUGGCUCGUCGAGCAAUACCCAAACGAGUUCCGAAACCUGCCCUUGCUCGUUGUUCACGGCGAACAGCGAGAGGCGAAAAAAGCUCUAGAGGCAUCGGCGUCCGAAUUCCAGCACGUUUCCUUCGCUCAGGCUAAACUGGAAAUCGUGUACGGCACCCACCACACCAAAAUGAUGUUGCUUCUGUAUAAGGAAGGGCUGCGCGUCAUCAUACACACGGCCAACAUGGUCCCUACCGACUGGGCUCAGAAAACUCAGGCUAUCUGGGUUGGACCCGUUUGUCCACGCCUCGCGCCAGGCUCUAACGGUGGUGACUCCGAAACUGGGUUCAGAACAGACCUCCUCAACUACCUGUCGGCCUAUGGUGACACGCACAUAAAUGAGUGGUGCCACUAUAUUCGCACGCAUGAUUUCUCGGCUGUCAAGGUUUUCCUUGUCGGUUCGGUGCCGGGAAGACACACAGGGCCAAGGAAGUCAUGUUUCGGCCACCUGAGACUCCGCAGCCUGCUCAGUCAACAUGGGCCUAGCAAGGACCUCGUGUCUAACCACUGGCCUCUCGUUGCCCAAUUCUCCAGUAUUGGUUCUCUGGGUGCUAGUGCAGAGAGUUGGCUGUUAGGCGAGUUCCUCUCUAGUCUGUCGACAACAAAGGGCUCCGUGGUGACAGCACGCUCGGUGCCCCUGAACCUUGUGUUUCCAUCGGUGGACGACGUUCGCUGCAGCCUUGAAGGCUACCCUGCCGGUGCCUCGAUCCCGUACAGCAUUGUCACGGCAGACAAACAGCGAUGGCUGGACUCCUUCUUCCAUCGUUGGAAGAGCGAACAGUUAGGCCGCACUGCAGCGUCUCCCCACAUCAAGACGUACACCCGGCUGUCACCAAGCAGCAAACAGAUUGCCUGGUUGCUUGUCACAAGUGCCAACCUUUCGAAGGCUGCUUGGGGUGCUCUUGAGAAGAACGGGAGCCAGCUGAUGAUACGGUCGUAUGAACUUGGAGUCCUCCUUUUUCCUGCAAACUUUGGACAGGCGACUACGUUUGUUGUAUCCGAUGGAGUAAGUGGAAAUGGUGCUUUGUUCCUGCCUCUUCCGUACGACGUGCCUUUAGUCCCAUACACGAAAGAUGAUGAACCUUGGACUUGGGACAGCCAACAUAGAGAACUACCCGAUAGGUUUGGGAACAUGUGGUGUCCACCUGUAAAUAGGCGGGGCCGAUAGGAAUAAUUUAUCUAGUUUGCCAUGUUGUGAUGCAUAGUGUUUGAAAAUUUGUGCCAGGGACGUUUAUUGUGGUUUUAUUGCUCUCAAUUUUCGCUGCUUGUGGUAGACUUGUGUGCUUCUUGUCUUUCUAUCUUACCUGCUGUGAAGCUGACACCUUGUUACUGCGUUUAUAGGUGUCGAAUUUUCACUGUCGCUGUGGCACUGAAGAAGCAUUUCAUUUUGUAUGCAGUACCAACUGCAGUGGAAUGUUCGAUGUGUUAAAUUUUGUUCUAUUACACUUGCCAGUGGGACAUUGUUUUUAUUAAUUACUGUGACAUGCAUGCACAUUGUGAUGUGAUCACAUGCAUGCUGUCUAACUGUAUAGUGUGCAACUCAUUUUAGUCGUGUCCGGUGCCACAGAAGCAACUUUUCAUAAUAAAGAUUUUUUUUCAGUG